AUCCAACGGUCUCAGGAAUGUUUUCCAUCCCGCCACGCGCCUCCCGAAGCUCCCAGACCGGAGGCUCAGCCCCCAUCUCGGUUAGUGCCCCUCUCCCGCCCGACUUUACAGCCAGCCCCUGCCCCUCAUUCCCUGCCCCAGGAUCCCGGCCCCUCCUGGGAGCUGGGCUGGACUCGGUCCUCAGAUCCUCGGAAGGCUCAGUUCUGGGCGGGGCAAGGGACCUUGCAAGUGGGGGGGGCCUCGGGAACUUCUCUCCGCCAGCUGCGACUGGAGGCUGGGAACAGGGGAGACGACCCAGGGCCACGGCCCCUCAGGACUUCAGGCGGCCGGAGGUUAUGGGGGCGAAGCGGAGUCGGGAGCCGGGCUUCCGGCCCUCACUACCCUGUCUCGGCCCGCGGGUUGCCUGCGUGCCCGCCCCACCCAGCGGUUUACCAUGGAACCAUCUCUGCAAUGCAGCCCCUUCCACAUUGCCCCAGCCCCAUGGAGCUGGUGCUCCCGUGGCGCUGUGCAAUUGCCUGUUCCUGUGUGCCUCUGCUCCCCUGACACUAGGAGCCCUGGAGGGCAGGGCCAGGUAAAAUACCUGUUUUCUGACAAGACUAGGACUCUUACAUAGACUGCUAUGAACUACAAGAAGUAUAGCAUUGCUCAAAUAACCUGUGGUUAGAGUUACUUGUUAUUGGUAAAUAGCCACUGUGGAGACUAAGGACCAAAAGAAACACAGAAAGAAAUUUUACAGAAGAAAAACAGUGGGCCCAAAGCUGAAAAGAAAAAGAAGCAGCAUCUGCAGGAUCUCCAGCUAGGGGAUGAAGAAGAUGCCCGGAAGAGAAAUCCCAAAGCUUUUGCAAUUCAGUCUGCUGUGGGGAUGGCUUGAUCCUUUCACAGGUAAAAAGCUCCGACUCACCAUUAUUGAAUGUGGGUGUGACAUUAACAUGAUCUAUCUGGCUGAAGUAGCAGAUCUGGUUGCCAAGCUGUUCUACCUUUCUGGAAUGGUGCAUGGAGAAUAUCAAGACCAAGAAAUCCACAAUCUGGGCCAUUUUAUUACAGUUAUGAAGUUUAGGCCUCUCACAUGGCAGACUUCUCAUCCUUAUAUCCUGGCAGACAGGAUGGAAGAUUUGACAAACCCAGAGGAUAUCUGAACAAAAUGUGACUGGCAGGUGUCACUUUAUGGUUAUUUAAGAGGCGCACACUUGAAAAAUAAAAGCCAAAUUCACAUGCCAGGUAUUCUCUUGUUGUAGAACAUACUAGAAUCACACAUAGGAUUCUUGGGAUGGCUUCUUUUCUCAGGAAAACUGACAAAUGACCAAACAAGGGAAGAUGGCUUUGGUGGAGGUUUUAAAAGUAAGCCAGCUAUGUGGAGGCCUGUAAAGGUGUUAUUGAAUCCCCUCUUCUCUGACCUUUUGUCUUAUAGCUAGAGGAGCACUGUUCCAGUGUGGCACAAUGCCCUUCUUUAUGCUCAUGGGUUAAGCCCUUGGACUGUACAUCAUUUUUUGUUUUGUUUUGUUAUUGGUGACUGACCCCAUGAGUCAUGCUCUUUACAAAGCAUGCAUUUGGAUGUUUCUUUCUUUUUUUUAUUAUUAUACUUUAAGUUCUAGGGUACAUGUGCACAAUGUGCAGGUUUGUUACAUAUGUAUACAUGUGCCGUGUUGGUAUGCUGCACCCGUCAACUCGAGAUUUACAUUAAAUAUAUCUCCCAGUGCUAUCCCUCCCCACUCCCCCACCCCACGACAGGCGCUGGUGUGUGAUGUUCCCCACCCUGUGUCCAAGUGUUCUCAUUGUUCAGUUCCCACCUAUGAGCGAGAACAUGUGUUUGGUUUUUUGUUCUUGCAAUAGUUUGCUCAGAAUGAUGGUUUCCAGCUUCAUCCAUGUCCCUACAAAGGACAUGAACUCAUCUUUUUUUAUGGCUGUACAGUAUUCCAUGGGGUAUAUGUGCCACAUUUUCUUAAUCCAAUCUAUCAUUGAUGGACAUUUGGGUUGGUUCCAAGUCUUUGCUAUUGUGAAUAGUGCCGCAAUAAACAUACAUGUGCAUGUGUCUCUAUAGUAGAAUGAUUUAUAAUCCUUUGGGUAUAUAUCCAGUAAUGGGAUGGCUGGGUCAAAUGGUAUUUCUAGUUCUAGAUCCCUGAGGAAUUGCCACACUGACUUCCACAAUGGUUGAACUAGUUUACAGUCCCACCAACAGUGUAAAAGUGUUCCUAUUUCUCCACAUACUCUCCAGCACCUGUUGUUUCCUGACUUUUUAAUGAUCGUGAUUCUAACUGGCGUGAGAUGGUAUCUCAUUGUGGUUUUGAUUUGCAUUUCUCUGAUGGCCAGUGAUGAUCAUUUUUUCAUGUGUUUUUUGGCUGCAUAAAUGUCUUCUUUUGAGAAGGGUCUGUUCAUAUCCUUCGCCCACUUUUUGAUUUUUGAUGGGAUUGUUUGUUUUUUUCUUGUAAAUUUAUUUGAGUUCAUUGUAGAUUCUGGAUAUUAGCCCUUUGUCAGAUGAGUAGGUUUCAAAAAUUUUCUCCCAUUCUGUAGGUUGCCUGUUCACUCUGAUGGUAGUUUCUUUUGCUGUGCAGAAGCUCUUUAGUUUAAUUAGAUCCCAUUUGUCAAUUUUCGCUUUUGUUGCCAUUGCUUUUGAUGUUUUAGACAUGAAGUCCUUGCCCAUGCCUGUGUCCUGAAUGGUAUUGCCUAGGUUUUCUUCUAGGGUUUUUAUGGUUUUAGGUCUAACAUUUAAGUCUUUAAUCCAUCUUGAAUUAAUUUUUGUAUAAGGUGUAAGGAAGGGAUCCAGUUUUGGCUUUCUACAUAUGGCUAGCCAGUUUUCCCAGCACCAUUUAUUAAAUAGGGAAUCCUUUCCCCAUUGCUUGUUUUUUUCAGGUUUGUCAAAGAUCAGAUAGUUGUAGAUACACGGCAUUAUUUCUGAGGGCUCUGUUCUGUUCCAAUGGUCUAUAUCUCUGUUUUGGUACCAGUACCAUGCUGUUUUGGUUACUGUAGCCUUGUAGUAUAGUUUGAAGUCAGGUAGCGUGAUGCUUCCAGCUUUGUUCUUUUGACUUAGGAUUGAUUUGGCAAUGCAGGCUCUUUUUUGGUUCCAUAUGAACUUUAAAGUAGUUUUCUCCAAUUCUGUGAAGAAAGUCAUUGGUAGCUUGAUGGGGAUGGCAUUGAAUCUAUAAAUUACCUUGGGCAGUAGGGCCAUUUUCACGAUGUUGAUUCUUCCUACCCAUGAGCAUGGAAUGUUCUUCCAUUUGUUUAUAUCCUCUUUUAUUUCACUGAGCAGUGGUUUGUAGUUCUCCUUGAAGAGGUCCUUCACAUCCCUUGCAAGUUGGAUUCCUAGGUAUUUUAUUCUCUUUGAAGCAAUUGUGAAUGGGAGUUCACUCAUGAUUUGGCUCUCUGUUUGCCUGUUAUUGGUGUAUAAGAAUGCUUGUGAUUUUUGCACAUUGAUUUUGUAUCCUGAGACUUUGCUGAAGUUGCUUAUCAGCUUAAGGAGAUUUUGGGCUGAGAUGAUGGGGUUUUCUAGAUAUACCAUCAUGUCAUCUGCAAACAGGGACAAUUUGACUUCCUCUUUUCCUAAUUGAAUGCCCUUUAUUUCCUUCUCCUGCCUGAAUGACCUGGCCAGAACUUCCAACACUAUGUUGAAUAGGAGUGGUGAGAGAGGGCAUCCCUGUCUUGUGCCAAUUUUCAAAGGGAAUGCUUCCAGUUUUUGUCCAUUCAGAGUGAUAUUGGCUGUGGGUUUGUCAUAGAUAGCUCUUAUUAUUUUGAGAUACAUCCCAUCUAUACCUAAUUUAUUGAGAGUUUUUAGCAUGAAGGGUUGUUGAAUUUUGUCAAAGGUCUUUUCUGCAUCUAUUGAGAUAAUCAUGUGUUUUUUGUCUUUGGUUCUGUUUAUAUGCUGGAUUACAUUUAUUGAUUUUCAUAUGUUGAACCAGCCUUACAUCCCAGGGAUGAAGCCCACUUGAUCAUGGUGGAUAAGCUUUUUGAUAUGUUGCUGGAUUCAGUUUGCCAGUAUUUUAUUGAGGAUUUUUGCAUCAAUGUUCAUCAAGGAUAUUGGUCUAAAAUUCUCUUUUUUUGUUGUGUCCCUGUCAGGCUUUGGUAUCAGGAUGAUUCUGGCCUCAUAAAAUGAGUUAGGGAGAAUUCCCUCUUUUUCUAUUGAUUGGAAUAGUUUCAGAAGGAAUGGUACCAGCUCCUCCUUGUACUCUGGUAGAAUUCAGCUGUGAAUCCAUCUGGUCCUUGACUUUUUUUGGUUGGUAAGCUAUUAAUUAUUGCCUCAAUUUCAGAGGCUGUUAUUGGUCUAUUCAGAGAUUCAACUUCUUUCUGGUUUAAUCUUGGGAGAGUGUAUGUGUCGAGGAAUUUAUCCAUUUCUUCUAGAUUUUCUAGUUUAUUUGCGUAGAGGUGUUUACAGUAUUCUCUGAUGGUAGUUUGUAUUUCUGUGGGAUCGGUGGUGAUAUCCCCUUUGUCAUUUUGUAUUGCGUCUAUUUGAUUCUUCUCUCUUUUCUUCUUUAUUAGUCUUGCUAGCGGUCUAUCAAUUUUGUUGAUCUUUUCAAAAAACCAGCUCCUGGAUUCAUUGAUUUUUUGAAGGGUUUUUUAUGUCUCUAUUUCCUUCAGUUCUGCUCUGAUCUUAGUUAUUUCUUGCCUUCUGCUAACUUUUGAAUGUGUUUGCUCUUGCUUCUCUAGUUCUUUUAAUUGUGAUGUUAGGGUGUCAAUUUUAGAUCUUUCCUGCUUUCUCUUGUGGGCAUUUAGUGCUAUAAAUUUCCCUCUACACACUGCUUUGAAUGUGUCCCAGAGAUUCUGGUAUGUUGUGUCUUUGUUCUCAUUGGUUUCAAAGAACAUCUUUAUUUCUGCCUUCAUUUCGUUAUGUCCCCAGUAGUCAUUCAGGAGCAGGUUGUUCAGUUUCCAUGUAGUUGCACAGUUUUGAGUGAGUUUCUUAACCCUGAGUUCUAGUUUGAUUGCACUGUGGUCUGAGAGACAGUUUGUUAUAAUUUCUGUUCUUUUACAUUUGCUGAGGUGUGCUUUACUUCCAACUAUGUGGUCAAUUUUGGAAUAGGUGUGGUGUGGUGCUGAAAAGAAUGUAUAUUCUGUUGAUUUGAGGUGGACAGUUCUGUAGAUGUCUAUUAGGUCUGCUUGGUGCAGAGCUGAGUUCAAUUCCUGGAUAUCCUUGUUAACUUUCUGUCUUGUUGAUCUGUCUAAUAUUGACAGUGGGGUGUUAAAGUCUCCCAUUAUUAUUGUGUGGGAGUCUAAGUCUCUUUGUAGGUCACUAAGGACUUGCUUUAUGAAUUUAUAAAUAUACAUGCUCCUGUAUUGGGUGCAUAUAUAUUUAGGAUAGUUAGCUCUUCUUGUUGAAUUGAUCCCUUUACCAUUAUGUAAUGGCCUUCUUUGUCUCUUUUGAUCUUUGUUGGUUUAAAGUUUGUUUUAUCAGAGACUAGGAUUGCAACCCCUGCCUUUUUUUGUUUUCCAUUUGCUUGGUAGAUCUUCCUCCAUCCUUUUAUUUUGAGCCUAUUUGUGUCUCUGCACGUGAGAUGGGUUUCCUGAAUACAGCACACUGAUGAGUCUUGACUCUUUAUCCAAUUUGCCAGUCUGUGCCUUUUAAUUGGAGCAUUUAGCCCAUUUACAUUUAAGGUUAGUAUUGUUAUGUGUGAAUUUGAUCCUGUCAUUAUGAUGUUAGCUGGUUAUUUUGCUCGUUAGUUGAUGCAAUUUCUUCCUAGCCUUGAUGGUCUUUACAAUUUGGCAUGUUUUUGCAGUGGCUGGUACCGGUUGUUCCUUUCCACAUUUAGUGCUUCCUUCAGGAGCUCUUUUAGGGCAGGCCUGGUGGUGACAAAAUCUCUCAGCAUUUGCUUGUCUGUAAAGUAUUUUAUUUCUCCUUCACUUAUGAAGCUUAGUUUGGCUGGAUAUGAAAUUCUGGAUUGAAAAUUCUUUUCUUUAAGAAUGUUGAAUAUUGGCCCCCACUCUCUUCUGGCUUAUAGAGUUUCUGCUGAGAGAUCCACUGUUAGUCUGAUGGGCUUCCCUUUGUGGGUAACCCGACCUUUCUCUCUGGUUGCCCUUAACAUUUUUUCCUUCAUUUCAACUUUGGUGAAUCUGACAAUUAUGUGUCUUGGAGUUGCUCUUCUCGAGGAGUAUCUUUGUGGCGUUCUCUGUAUUUCCUGAAUUUGAAUGUUGGCCUGCCUUGCUAGGUUGGGGAAGUUCUCCUGGAUAAUAUCCUGCAGAGUGUUUUCCAACUUGGUUCCAUUCUCCCCAUCACUUUCAGGUACACCAAUUAGACAUAGAUUUGGUCUUUUCACAUAGUCCCAUAUUUCUUGGAGGCUUUGUUCGUUUCUUUUUAUUCUUUUUUCUCUAAACUUCUCUUCAUGCUUCAUUUCAUUCAUUUCGUCUUCUAUCGCUGAUACCCUUUCUUCCAGUUGAUCGUAUCAGUUACUGAGGCUUGUGCAUUCGUCACGUAGUUCUCGUGCUGUGGUCUUCAGCUCUGUCAGGUCCUUUAAGGACUUCUCGGCAUUGGUUAUUCUAGUUACCAUUCAUCUAAUUUUUAUUCAAAGGUUUUAACUUCUUUGCCAUUGGUUCGAACUUUCUCCUUUUGCUUGGAGUAGUUUGAUCUUCUGAAGCCUUCCUCUCUCAACUCGUCAAAGUCAUUCUCUGUCCAGCUUUGUUCCGUUGCUGGUGAGGAGCUGCGUUCCUUUGGAGGAAGAGAGGUGCUCUGAUUUUUAGAGUUUCCGGUUUUUCUGCUCUGUUUUUUCCCCAUCUUUGUGGUUUUAUCUACCUUUGGUCUUUCAUGAUGGUGAUGUACAGAUGGGUUUUUGGUGUGGAUGUCCUUUCUGUUUAUUAGUUUUCCUUCUAACAGUCAGGACCCUCAGCUGCAGGUUUGUUGGAGUUUACUGGAGGUCCACUCCAGACCCUGUUUGCCUGGGUAUCAGCAGCGGUGGCUGCAGAACAGCAGAUAUUGGUGAACCGCAAAUGCUGCUGCCUGAUUGGUCCUCUGGAAGUUUUGUCUCAGAGGAGUACCCAGCCGUGUGAGGUGUUAGUCCGCCCCUCCUGGGGGGUGCCUCCUAGUUAGGCUACUUGGGGGUCAGGGACCCACUUGAGGAGGCAGUCUGCCUGUUCUCAGAUCUCAAGCUGUAUGCUGGGAGAACCACUGCUCUCUUCAAAGCUGUCAUACAGGGACAUUUAAGUCUGCUGGGGUAUUGCUGUCUUUUGUUUGUCUGUGCCCUGCCCCCAGAGGUGGAGCCUACAGAGGCAGGCAGGCCUCCUUGAGCUGUGGUGGGCUCCACCCAGUUCAAGCUUCCCGGCUGCUUUGUUUACCUACUCAAGCCUGAGCAAUGGCGGGCGCCCCUCCCCCAGCCUCACUGCCACCUUGCAGUUUGAUCUCAGACUGCUGUGCUAGCAAUGAGCGAGGCUCUGUGGGCGUAGGACCCUCCGAGCCAGGUGCGGGAUAUAAUCUCCUGGUGUGGCAUUUGUUAAGCCCGUUGGAAAAGCGCAGUAUUAGGGUGGGAGCAACCCGAUUUUCCAGGUGCCGUCUGUCACCCCUUUCUUUGACUGGGAAAGGGAAUUCCCUGACCCCUUGCGCUUCCUGGGUGAGGCAAUGCCUCACCCUGCUUCGGCUCACACACACCACACUGCACCCACUGUCCUGCACCCACUCUCCGGCACUCCCCAGUGAGAUGAACCCGGUACCUCAGUUGGAAAUGCAGAAAUCACCUGUCUUCUGCGUCGCUCACACUGGGAGCUGUAGACUGGAGCUGUUCCUAUUCGGCCGUCUUGGCUCCCUAGCAUUUCCUUUUUCUAUACAGUCUUUAUGUAGUCAUCAUUUUGUUUUUAUUGGUGUGUUUUUUUUUUUUCUUUUUUUUUGAGAGAAGGUCUCGCUUUGUCUCCCAGGCUGGAGUGCAGUGGCAUGAUCUUGGCUCAUUGCAGCCUUGAACUCCCAGGCUCAAGUGAUCCUCCCGUAUCAGCCCUACAAGUAGCUGGGACUACAGGAGUGUGCCACCACUCCAGCUAAUUUUUUUCUU